UGGGUGGGGGACCCCCACCCAGACCUGCUCUGGGGCUGCUGCACCUGGGCCAUGCUCAGGGCUUUUGGGGAGCUGACAGAACCCAGAGGAUGUUAUUGCCCACACAUGGUGGGGACAAGGGCAUUCCCCUGGCUCAGCACCACGGCUCGUGCCCACAGGGGCAGCUGCUGGCCAAGUCCUGGGGCUCCCUCUUUGGGGGUCAGGCUGGUGCCACCCUGCGGGGUCCCAUCUACUCCUUCAACGGGCGCGACAUCCUGACAGAUCCGCUCUGGCCCCGCCGGCUGGCCUGGCACGGCUCCACACCACGGGGUGGCCAUGCCCGCCGCUGGGAUUGCCAGGGCUGGCGCAGCUCGGGCACGGCCGAGGGCAUGGCCACUGCUCUGGGGGAGGGCCGGCUGCUGGCUGGGCACCGGCACAACUGCUCCACACCGCUGGCCGUGCUCUGCAUCGAGGUGGCUUUUCCUUACCGGCACAUGUGGUGACAACUGUGACACCCAACCAUGUGCUCCAGGCAUUCCUCCAGCCCUGUGUGGCUGCAGAAUGUCCCUGGGAACAGCAUGGGUGGUGUCUGAGCUGUGCUGGAGCACUGAGGGGACAUUGGAUCCACAGCCAGGCUGUGCCAUCCCAAGGAUCCCUGUGCCAUGGGGCAAUGCUAGGCUGUGCCUGCAGCCUCCCACCCCCACUGGAGCCAUCAGUGUCACCACGCAGAAAUAAAGAUAAAGAAAUGUUGUUUUUUUAUGA